AUGCUGAAGGCGCCAUUCAUCCGCAAAACGGUCGCCGAGCGUGCGCGUCUCGCGGUGCCGCUGGAAUACCGCCGUGACGGCUGCCGUAGAAGAGCCGCGCGGAUUGCCGCGGAGCUGCAGCAUAUCGGCAGCCACCGCAGCCCGUCCGCAGCUGUGGGUGCACCUCCAUCUUUGGCCGCGUGGCUGUACCGCUCGUGUCUGCUGCGCCGGCUUCUGCGUGAGGGCGUUGUGUGCGACGCGAUGGUGGCAGAUGGGAUCGCCGCACGCGACUUUACGGCACUAUUGCACCGGGUUGUACGAACGCCGCAUAGCCUGCGCGGCGGGGGUGGCGACGCAGUAGAAGGGAGCGUUGUUCAGCUCGUGUGGGGUGUGCAGAGAGAGUUUCUGCAGUGUGUUCUCAGCGCUGUGGUGCAGCAGCAGCAGUGGCCGUGGACGCUGCAGGAGGGGUGGGAUUGUGCCACAACGUUGGUGGCGGAUUGCAUUCGCCCCGAUGACGUCCUGUGCGUUGCGUUGCUGCUGCCCCUGGCACGUCGCAUGGUGGCUGCAGAUUGCGACGGCUCUACACUCCGUAAAAGCCUGCAUGAACUUCGGGUUCGAAAGGUGCACGGGGGCAUACUUUGGCUGCUGGCGCGGCGUGCCACAGUUUCUCCUCGGCCUGAUCCGCAGUUGCUGGAGGCCGCGAUAACAGCUGCGUGCGCCGCACCCUCUCAUGCACUCCUGGUCACAUCCGAAUCUGAUCAGGACGGCAGCAGAAGCAGCAGCGGCACCACUAACGACAGUGAGAACGAGGAGCGGCUUCUCUCACUGCUGUUGCAGAUGCCUUCCAGCAUUGGUGUUACUGGGCGAGGGAGUAGUUUUUCUCCUUUUUGGCAUGUCCUCUUACAUGAGAUUGCCUGUUAUGCUCAUAACGUGCUUGACGACAAGAGCGUAACAGAUGCGGUGCGGGUAGGCGCCUUUCUGUCACUUCGUCGUGUCAUCUGCUCUUUUCGCCGCCACGGCCGCGUGCGUCCGGUGCUGGAGCUACACAACACCAUUAUAGCGCCAUGGCGAGAGCGGCCCCAAAACGACCCAUCUGCUGCAGCUGGACGCUGUGGUCCUCUUGUGUACCGUGAGGCGAUGCUGCUGGACGCAUACACGCUCAUGACACUCGGCCACAUUGGGGAGACGGCAAUCGAUGUUGACGAGGCGGCGGCACACGAGAUGGCAGCAAUUCAGGCGCGCUGUGUGGCUCACCUCGACACUCUCGCACGGAGUGAACCGUCCGCCGGGGCCGACCGCGACGCCGUCGGGCUGCACCGUGGUGCACGAGCAGGGAUCGUGCGGCGACUGCACGAAGGCAUUCGACUUUCCUUCAAGCUUCUCCUGCGCCGCGGUGACCAUGUGGCGAUUCAGCGCCUCCUCACCCGAUGCCCCGCGCUCGGCGGCUCGUGGGAGGGCGGCAAGGCGCUCGUGAUGCUCGGCAGGUACGCUGAGGCGGUAGACGUAUUCACGCAGUUCCUUGAAAGCACGCGAAGACACUUCUCUGGGGGCCUACCGCAUCAUAUACGCAACAUAAUGCUGGAGGCGGUGGAGGGUGCCGCAUGCAGUUGCAUCAGCGACGGCAAAACCCGAGUGGUGGAGCGAUUGCUUGACUUGUACGAGCAGACGCGGAGGUGGUCGUUCCCUAUACCCGCUGCUGUGGCAUUCGCCGCCAUCGUGCGUAGCUUCAUUUUGCCAGACGAGACUAAGUUGUGCAUGGCGACGCCGGAGCGCUUGGAGUUGUUGAGUACUCUCCUGCACCGCCGCGUGGCGAAUGCGGCGUACAAACGCGACGGCCUUCUCUUAGAGACGGUGGAGGUGUACACAACACUGCUUGCUGAGUGCCGAGAUACGGUGAAGACGUCGCACUUUGAUCUGCUGUUACUGCUGCAGCAUGCGCAACCCGGGCUGCCGGUGUACCGUGUAGCACUACUGCAGUUUCUGCACCUGAACUACGAAGAUGGCGUGAAUGCUGUGCUGCAGCAUAUCGUACCAAUGUCCCCUGACGCAACAAUUUACCUAGCACUCCUGCAGGAGCUGCCACUGACGGCACUAGAGACUCUCUCGCGUCAUGUGGCGGAGUCAGCAGGGGGAGAUCGGCGGGUGGUCUCCGCUGUUACGAACGCCUUGGAGUACAAACACUUUGCGGAUGAGCAGCGACAGCCAUGGCAGUGUUACCUCUGUAGGCAGUGGAACAAGAAACACGCAACGGCGUGCAGGCGGUGUGGCUCGCUGGAGCUUGCUGUGAUCCACUGCCGUGCGUGCGGGGGUUUUUCGCCCACCAGCUCCGCCGCCUGCCUGGUGUGUGGCGCCGAGACUCAGCAGCACACUAGUGAGCACGGUGAACUUCGUGCGAGGGAUGAGAGCACCGUUUACCCACUGCGUCGUUGGCGCUGUGCCCGCUGCAACCACACAAAUGAGCCACAACACAUAUUUUACUGCGCCAAGUGUGGCUCCGCUCAGCCGACAAUGGAGAAGGCCUUGACGCAGACAGCGUUCGAUUGCGGUGCGUGCGGUCGACAUAACCCAAUGGGGCUCCUGCGCCCGUGGUGCCCGUCCUGCGGUACGCUGAGCGCAGUUGCUUCGGCAGGCCCAUCAAAGACGCUGUGGCGCUGCGUAGAGUGCGGCACACUGAGCCCGUGGCUUCUUACGCACUGCCACGGCUGCGGCGGCGCGAAGCCGGCACCAACGGCGCGUCUCGACGCUCCAUGGUACACACGCGCCUGCUUGUCCUGCAGCGCGACGAAUCCCGCGUGGAGUGUUGUUUGCCACAGUUGCGGUACAUCGCUCGCUGCUCCGAGCACUGCUGAUGAUAUUGAUCGUGAUCACGCUGGGGAACUGAAUGGUGCAUGCGGUGCUAUUGUAGACCCCACCUACACGUCGUGCCCACAUUGUGGCAGUGUCUACGCCAAUAAAAGCGACAUAGUCUGUACGAAGUGCUUUGCACACCGUCCAUAUGCUGCGUGCACGCUGUGGGUGUGCCUGCGUAACAACUGCAUGGAAGUGAAUCUGCAGAGGGGUGGGGGCGGAGGUUCACUGGUGUGCAGUCACUGCGGCGCCACACACAACGUCGCCGCUGUCGGUGGUUAUCAGUCAAACCCACUGAGGUAUAAAGAACCCGGCUAUGGUGAGAGGAUCCAAAGGGGUGGUGACUCGACAGUAACGGUGCCACCAACGGAUUCUCAUACUACCGGUGCAGCACAAGACGAGGUUUCUGGAAUGACAAAGGACCACGAAGACACUGUUAGCAACCUGCCUACCGCACUGCUACUGCCUGUGCCGUCAGGCCCUCGAAAAUGUGCGUCUUGUGGGGCGUUUCUACAACUGCAGAAUAUCGCGCAGAUUUGCCAGGAGUGUUAUCACUGUUGCUAUGCACCGUCACCAUCCACCAGCCCCUCUGCAGCCGAGCACGACGUCGCCCUCCGCUUAAUACUCAAAGCCAUGCUGGAGACAGUGCGCCGUGUGGAGCAGGGCACCCUCUCCAGCACAACAGCUCUGCAACUUCUACGCUCAAUGACGACGGUGCUGCAACGUGCACGCGAGUCACAGUUACCAUGGCGCGGGUGUGACCUCGCCAACGGCAUGAAGUGCGGUGUACGACCCGGUGUGCCGGUGCUGGAGGACGACACGAUACAUGGAGCUGUGCGCGACGUUGCGGAGAUCAUCCACACCAUGUGCAAGGUCGCUUGCCCGACGACGGCUCUAAAUGCCGCUGUCGAGGGAUCAACAGCGACCUCUUGGGAUGAGAAGCGGCCGUGGGCCAGCCUCGCCCUCGAUUUAACGGAUUUGAUGAAUCACACGACUGACUAUGAUGAACUGGGAUUCGAUGUCCUUAUCGAACUCUGCACGCUCUUGAGACCGCAGCAGCAGGAGCAUAUCCAUCGCGAGACCCUGUGGGCAUACCUCCGGCAUAUGAAGUUGCCGCGGGAGUGGAUUGUCAACAGCGUCGUCUGCCCCACCUGCUUGCUGCCAAAAGCGCAAAUGAAUGGAGCAGCGAGACACACAUGCCGCUGCAGCGAUGUUGGAGCUGCUAGUGAGGCACAGCUGCCCACUACAAGAGUGUUGUGA